UCUAUGAAUUUGAACAUUCUUUUUUCAUUUAGCUCUUGAGGAUGGACAGGCAGCUAGAGGGAAAGAAUACAGGAUAUGAAGAGAAAUAGGAUCUGAAGGAACAGUCCUGGGCUUCUUGCCUUUCUGGAAAAUGCAUUUACCACCCUGCUUUACAAGUCCUUUGGAAAGAAGAGAGCAUAUUUGCCUCCAGAGAUGAACUCAUCCUACCAGCUACACAUUCCAGAACUUAACUUGAGUACUUUUGGCAUCAACUUUACGGUGCCUACUGUCAAGAACAAGUCAUCACCAUGUGAGCAAGUGGUCAUAGCAGUGGAGGUGUUUCUAAUCCUGGGCAUUAUAAGUCUCCUUGAAAAUAUCUUGGUCAUCUGUGCAAUAGUUAAGAACAAGAACUUGCACUCACCUAUGUAUUUCUUUGUGUGCAGUUUAGCAGUAGCUGACAUGCUGGUCAGUGUUUCUAAUGCUUGGGAGACCAUAACAAUAUAUUUAAUAAACAAUAGGCAUCUAAUUAUGGAAGAUGCUUUUGUACAACAUAUAGACAAUGUUUUUGAUUCAAUGAUCUGCAUAUCUGUGGUGGCUUCCAUGUGCAGUUUGCUGGCUAUAGCAGUAGACAGGUAUGUCACAAUUUUCUACGCCCUGCGUUAUCACAACAUCAUGACAGUGAAAAGAUCAGGGCUAAUCAUUGCAUGCAUAUGGACAUUUUGCACUGGCUGUGGCAUUGUCUUCAUUCUUUAUUAUGAAUCAACUUACGUUAUCAUUUGUCUCAUCACAAUGUUUUUCACCAUGUUAUUCCUCAUGGUCUCUCUGUACAUACAUAUGUUCCUCCUGGCUCGUACUCAUGUCAAGAGAAUAGCUGCUUUGCCUGGAUACAAUUCUGUCCAUCAAAGGACCAGCAUGAAGGGGGCUAUCACUCUGACCAUGCUACUUGGCAUCUUCAUUGUUUGUUGGGCUCCAUUUUUUCUCCACCUCAUCCUGAUGAUUUCUUGCCCUCAGAACCUCUACUGUGUUUGCUUUAUGUCUCACUUCAACAUGUACCUCAUCCUCAUCAUGUGUAAUUCAGUGAUCGAUCCCUUGAUCUAUGCCUUUCGUAGCCAGGAAAUGCGGAAGACCUUCAAGGAGAUUAUUUGUUGCUAUAGCCUGAGAACGGCCUGUGGGUUGCCGAGCAAGUAUUAGGAAAAUGCAUUUUUGAAUGAGGAAACCAAGAUGCAACAUUAUUAUUUAUCAGGAAAAUCAUGCAUCAAAAUUGUUAGCAUCUUCUUGCCCUAUUUCUGCUGAAGGAACUAUAAAAUGUCUUUCCACCGUAUAGUUGUAAUGAGGAUCAUAUUUUUAUGGAAAGCUGUUUUUCUAGUUUGAUGUUAUUUGGUUUAUUUCCUCUUCCAUACACACCUAUAACUUUAACUGGCAUUAAUAGGAGUUAGCAUAUGCAGGUGUAUCAAGAGAAGAAUAGAACACUUGGGGCCAGAUUCAAGCCAGAUAUCUUAUAAAAGUAGCAGAAAUUUCAUCCUUUCCCCUCUUUGAUUUUUACGGGCAGGGUACAUGAAUAUGUAGAUGUGGGUAGGAUAUC